AUGGGCAGAGCGCCGUGGGUCGACAUGUCCUUGCCCAAGGCCGGCAGAGGCAGCAGCUCACCGUCCAGGCAGACCGUCUGGUCCUGGAAGGUCACGCGCUGGACGGAGCCCCGCAUGGUGCGACCAGCAAAGGGAGACCAGCCCGUAGGGACGGUCAAUCUCAACCUCGACGCUCGUUCCAACCUGCUCGUGCAGCUCAAAGAUCUCCUUGGGGUUGUCGUAGAGGCGGUUCUUGAUGUCGUCGACGGUCAGCUUGCCCUCAGUCACGGAAGUGAGCAGAAGGGGCAGCGCGUCGGCGAUGCCAACGGACGGAUCCGCUGUCUUGCCCAGAGAGCUGGCGAGCUGGUACGGCAAGCUACCGAUGGAGAAGACGUCAAUCGUGCUGAGGUGAGCCCAGAGGGCAGCCUGGUCGGCCUCCGUGGGGAGGAGGGCACAGUCGGGGAAGUCGUUCUGCGAAAGGUAGAGAGAGAAGAUGGACACGUCGCAGGUCACCUUCAAGCCCUUGGCCUUGCUGAGGGCAAUGAGCUUGAUAUCGUCCUUGGUGGAGACAGAGGUGACGUGGAUUCUGCGGUUGUGCAGGCUGGCCAGGAGCAGGAUGGAGGCCAGGUCCGUGAGCUUGGCGUCAGUGACGAUAGGCUUGUGCGUGGGCCACUUGUCGAAGUGGGCGGUCACGGCGGCAACCUUGCUGAUGUUGCCAGACAGGUGGUUGAAGGGGAUGAACAGCGAUCCAACCUCACCGGUGACGUGGCUGAUCUGGUCAGCGUUGUCAGAGGUGGCAGUGACGGAGAAGUUGUAAUCGCAGUAUCCGCCCUGCUUGCUGCUCUGCUGGGCGAUCUUCAAGGUGAUGGCAUCCGUGAUGGAGCCGGUAACACCGACGGGCAUGAUGCGGACCAUGCUGAAGCCGGCAGAGAUCGAGGCCUUGGUCACAGCCUGGAGAUCCUUGCUGCCGGCGGUGGCAAUGCCGGGAACGAAGGUGGCAACGUUGAUCAAGCCAGGCAGAGAGAUGGUGCGGUGGCUGGUCUGGAAGUCGCGGCUGCCGACCUCAAGGGCGAAGUGACGGGCGAUGGCCUCAACAAGGAUCUUGGCGUUCUUGACGUUGGUUACCAGAGGGAUCUGGUAGUCAACGGCCAUACGUCUGGUUUGGUAACCCUUGCUCAUGUAGUUGGCAGGACGACGGUACUUGUUGUUGGAAGGCAAGUUGAUGUAAAGAUCAAUCAUGUUCUUGGCCAAGUGCUGCGUCAGGGAGAACUCGGAGCGCUGGUCCUCCUGCUCGUUGGCGAGAACCUCCAGGUACUGAACGGGGAUGUUGUGCUCCUGAAGGAAGUCGGCAGUACCCGCGGUGGCGAACAGCUUGUAGCCGAGGCGAGCGAGCUUGUCGAUGGCAGGCAGCAUCUCCUUCUUGUCCUUGUAGGAGCCGAUGGACAGGAGAAUGUUGGCUUUGGGGAUCUUGAAGCCGGUAGACAUCAAAGCCUUGAGGUAGGCCUCGUACUUGUCAACACCGAAGCAAGCGACCUCUCCAGUGGAAGCCAUCUCAACACCCAAGACGGGGUCGGCGCCAGAGAGACGCGAGAAACUGAACUGGGGAACCUUGACACCGACGCAGUUGGGGGCGAUGGUGGUCGGGGGGUAGGCCUCGAACGGCCGGCCAGUGAUGGCCUUGGUGGCCAUCUCGAUCAUGUCGACACCCAUGACCUUGGAGACGAAGGGGAAGGAUCGGGAGGCACGGACGUUGCACUCAAUGACCUUGAUGUCGUUGUCCUUGGCAAUGAACUGAAUGUUGAAAGGACCAGUGACGUUCAGGGCAGCACCAAUCUUGCGAGUGGCCUCCUCGAUUCUGGCGAUGGUCUCGGGCUCCAAAUCCUGGGGAGGCAGGAUGAGGGUGGCGUCACCGGAGUGGACACCAGCGUUCUCAACAUGCUCGGAGAUGAAGUGGCCAAUGACAACACCGUCCUUGGCAACGGCGUCCAUCUCAAUUUCCUUGGCAUUCUCAAUAUACUUGGUGAUGACGACGGGGUGCUCGCGCGAGACCUCGGCAGCUUGGGCAAGGUAGUUCUCGAGAUCCUGUUCAGAGUAGACAGUGUUCAUCGCGGCACCCGAGAGGACGUACGAAGGUCGCACCAAGACAGGGUAGGAAACAGCAUUGCAGAACUUCUUGGCCUCCUCAAAGCUGGUCAACUCCUUCCAGGUAGGCUGGUCAACACCAAUGGUAUCCAGCAUACGGGAGAACUUGUAACGGUUCUCAGCGUUGUCAAUCAUCUCGGGGGAGGUACCGAGAAUCUUGAUGCCGGCGCGGUGCAGCGGCAGAGCGAUGUUGUUGGGGGUCUGUCCACCCAUGGCACCGAGGACACCGGCAGCGUUCUCCAGCUGGUAGAUGUCGAGGAUGCUCUCCAGGCUGAUAACCUCAAAGUAGAGCUUGUCGGCCUCGUCGUAAUCAGUGCUCACGGUCUCAGGGUUGUAGUUGACCAUAAUGGUCUUGAAGCCAUCCUGGCGGAGGGUGCGAAUGGCGCGGACGGAGCACCAGUCGAACUCGACAGAGGAACCGAUACGGUAGACACCGGAGCCCAAGACCAUGAUGCCGUGGUCCUCGAAAGACACAUCGCUCUCAGUGGCGUUGUAGUUGGUGUGAGCAGGGAACUCGGCAGCGACCGUGUCGAUCUGCUUGACAAAAGGCAUGAUGCUAGCCUCCUGUCUCAGGGUGCGGACGGCAAUCUCGUUGGAGCUCCAGAACUUGGCGAGCUGGCGGUCAGAGAAACCGAGUCUCUUGGCCUGCAGGAGGAUGUCGGGAGACUUGGAGAUGUCGCUGGUAGUGUAGUUGGACAUCUUCUUGGCGAAGUCACUCAAGCCCUUGAGCUUGUUGAGGAACCACUUGUCGAUCUUGGUGAGCUCCCAGAUCUUCUCGACGGUGUAGCCAGAGUGCAUGGCGUUGGCGAUGGCGAACAGACGCUGGUCGGAAGGCGUCUGGAGCUCGUCAUCGAUGGACAUCAACGCCUUGGUCUCGUUAAAUCCAAGGUUGUGGAAGUCAAUGGCACGGAUGGCCUUCUGAAUGGCUUCCUCGAAGCUUCUGCCGAUGCUCAUGACCUCACCAACACUCUUCAUGGAAGAGCCCAGCUGAGUGGAAACACGGGUGAACUUCUUCAAGUCCCAACGGGGCAUCUUGACGACAACGUAGUCGAGCGAGGGCUCGAAGCAGGCGCAAGUGGACUUGGUGACGCUGUUGGCAAUGUCCUUGAGGGGGAUGCCGAGACCGAGCUUGGCAGCGAUGAAGGCCAAGGGGUAUCCAGUAGCCUUGGAAGCAAGGGCAGAGGAUCUGGACAAUCUGGCGUUGACCUCGAUAAUGCAGUACUCCCUGGAGAAGGGGUUCAGGGCAUACUGAAUGUUGCACUCUCCGACAACGCCCAAGUGGCGGAUAACGUUGACAGCCGUAGUACGAAGCAUGUUGUAGUCUUCGUCAGACAAGGUCUGAGAGGGAGCAACAACGAUGGAGUCACCAGUGUGAAUACCGAGAGGGUCAAAGUUCUCCAUAUUGCACACCGUGAUGCAGUUGUCCUGGGCAUCACGAACGACCUCGUACUCAAUCUCCUUCCAGCCCUUCAUACUGCGCUCGAUGAGCACCUGAGGGCUGGCAGCGAAGGCCUUGUUGCAGAGGUCGAGCAGCUCGGCCUCGUUGUUGGCGAAGCCACUGCCAAGACCACCAAGAGCGUAGGCAGCUCUGACAAUGACGGGGAAGCCAAUGUCCUUGACGCAGGACAUGGCCUCGUCAACGUUGCUGGCAGAGGCAGACUUGGCGCACUUCUCGCCGAUGGAGUCCAUGCUGCGGGCGAAGAGCUCGCGGUCUUCGGUGGUGAUGAUGGUAUCAAUGGGGGUACCCAGGACCUUGACGCCGAGCUCCUCGAACUCGUCCUUGAGCUGGAUACCGACCUGCAGAGCGGUCUGUCCACCGAAUGUGACAUAGAUGGCAUCAGGUCUCUCGUACUGGAUGACCUUGCGGACGAAUUCGGCGUUGACCGGGAGGAAGUACACCUUGUCGGCGAGACCCUUGGACGUCUGGAUGGUAGCAAUGUUGGGGUUGAUGAGGACAGUGUAGAUGCCCUCCUCUUUCAGGGCCUUGAUGGCCUGAGAGCCGGAGUAGUCGAACUCUCCAGCCUGUCCGAUGCUGAGACCACCACUGCCCAGGAUGAGCACCUUGCGGGGGUGGACGCGGGGGUGGAGACGCUCGUUCUCCUCGAUGGUGCCACCGGGGAAGCUGACGGGGGCGUUGAGCAGCUUGGGAUCGGCGGCGCAGUUCUGGAUGGUGCUGAUGAAGACAUCGAAGAGGUACUCGGUGUCGCGAGGUCCAGGUGUGCUCUCGGGGUGGAACUGCACACUGAAGUAGGGCUUAGACAGGUGGGCAAUACCCUCGUUGCUGCCGUCGUUGGCGUUCACGAAGAGCUCCCUCCAGUCGGCAGUCAGGGACUUGGAGUCGACGGCGAAGCCGUGGUUCUGGGAGGUGAUGUGGCACUUUCCGGAGAUCAUGCUCGUGCACGGGAUGUUGUGGCCUCUGUUGCCGAACUUCAUCUUCUCGGUCUUGGCCCCCGAGGCGCGGGCGAGCAGCUGGUGGCCCAAGCAAAUACCAAAGACCGGGGUCUUGGUCUUGUCCAUGGCAGCCUGGAUGUUCUUGACGGUGGUCUCGAGCAUGGCCGGGUCACCAGGGCCGUUGGAGAGGAAGAGACCGUCGUACUCCUCGCCGGCCUGCUUCACCAGGUCGGGCAGACCAAGACUUCAACACCACGCUUCAGGAAGCAUCUCAACUGGUUGUACUUCAUACCAACAUCCAGACACAGCACACGGAUGGGCCUGCCGGACGGGUGCUUCUUUACGGCGACGCUCGAGGGAGGCUUGUACAGCUUGGGGGCCUUGAUGGACACUAAAAUAGAGGAUGAGCAAAGGCCGGACCAGGGAAUAUCGGCAAGACUCACCCUCAGCUACGAGGUUCUUUUCAUUGGGGUUCACCCAGUCUACUGUCUGGAAGUCGUCAAGGGAGAACGAGGCAACACCAUUAACGUGGCCGUUGGCGGUGCCGUUAGUGAGGGUCUUCUUCUGCAGCAACAAACGGCCGAGGGUGCUGCCCUGAGACCUCAGACGCUUGGUAAGGGCUCUGGUAUCGACGCCGUAGAUGGCAGGGACGCCCUGCUCCUUGAGCCAGGUGCCGAGAGAGGACUCGGCCAAGAAGUGGGAGUAGUCCUCGCCCGAGUACGAGUGGGCGACGAGACCGGCGAUGUGGAUCUGCGAGGACUCGAAAUGGGCGGGCAGGUCACCCAGGAGCUCGUCGACGGUCUCGCGCGAGGGCACACCGUAGUUACCGACCAGAGGGAAGGUGAUGACGAGAAUCUGGCCACGGUAUGA